AUGGUCACACCUCUCCUGGUUCUUAGUUUUGUCAAACAGUCGCUUGCCCAAAAUAAUUCAACAGCCCUGGAAGGCUGGCAGUUCGCUGAUAGUUCCCGCUCGAGUUGGGAUAUUCUCUGGACAUGCCUCUCGACGAUCUUCGCGUGCACAUGGACAGCCCUGCACGGUCCUGUCCCAAGAAGGGACCAAACGGAGAUAUUGGCCAAUGUUUUGAAGAUAGUAGCUUGGAUAGGCACCAUUUUUGCCCCUGAAUUCAUGGCAGGGAUUGCAGCCGAGGAAUUAUGGCAGGCAAGGUCUACAGUGGCGCGCUGCAAUGCUGCUUUUCAUACGACACAUAGCAGACCCAAUUUACAUACUUCGUCGCCCGAGAGUCGGACACCAGAGAAGGUAGAAUCCAACGGUCGCUGGGGCACUAUUCAAGGUUACUGCGUUGGAAUGAAUGGUGUUCUCUUUCAAACCAAGGAUGACUGGACAUAUCCAGUUCACAGCCGCAAUGUCGUUCCUCUAAUCGAGGCGGGCGUUAUUAAGCCUUCUUAUUUGAGAGCUGGCGAUAUCAAAGAUCGUGCCAAAGCAGACUCUUUCGCAAAGGGCUUCACUUUGCUUCAAAGUUGCUGGGUAACAGUCAACAUCAUUGCCAGAAGAGCAUACGACUUGCCAAUUACAGCCAUUGAAAUCACGACGGUGGCCUAUGUCGCUGCUGCUGCUGCUGCUACCUACAUAAUCUGGUGGAACAAACCAAAAGACAUGGUAACGCCAAUCACGAUUUUCAUACCAUACGAUCGAGAUUCCGGGGACAUGUCGCAUCAACUCAGAGAUAUCCUCAGCGAAAAUGCUGGAAACUGGAUUCACUUGAAGGUCCUCACCGAAAAGAAAGAACCUUCGGCAUGGAGCCUCAUUGUCCAACUUUUCUAUCUUGAGCUCGCUGCAUUGAAAGUUGUCCUCGCGCCUUGGACUUGGAAGAGGCAUUGGAAAGAAUAUAAAGCCGAACUCGACGAGACAGUAGAGGAGAUCAGAGGUGAAGGCAGAGCUCAGACCGAACGUUCCACUGCCCACCGCGAUGAGGAAAACCCCCAAGAUCCCGAAACCCCAACAGGAACCGGCAGUAGCGGCUAUAGGGAUGAGGAGGCCUCCCAGGGGCCAAAGCCAACCCCGGAUGACAACGAGGAUAGCAAUCAGCGUGAUAGCCCCCACCCGCCAGUGUCUGGGUGCCUGCAACCAAGCAAUGGGCCAAGAGAUGAAGAAACGUUGACCGUUUCAGAAGAACCCCAAGAGACGAACCCAUCCACGACGCUUUCCGAUACCAGCAAUACCCACCAUCCGGAUACCGAACCCCAGAAAGACGAGCCAGACACUGAGUCGCAAAAGCCAAGCAACACAGUAGAGGACGACGAAGAACUGACAAUCACGGAAUGGACCAACAUCGCUCAUUUUUACAUGUUCGUCGCGCUGGUAUUUUGCGGUAUGCACGUUGCAGCUCCUGAGCUGAUUCCCUACAUGCAUAGAUGGAACUCGGUAUUCCCCACACAAGCAGAGCAAAUCGCUUGGCGGGUUUUCUCGCUGUUCGCACUCCUAAUCACAUUGCCAAUGUACUUCAAAUCCCUGUGGUCCUUUGAUCGCUUCAAACGCACACUAAGCAACAAAGAUAUGCUUGUCUUGAGUGCUGGCUGGUCCAGGACACCUGACAUUGUCUUCAUGUUUGUGUGGUUUUGCUGUUAUUCGACGGCUCGUUGGGGAACUGUCAUUCUUCCGCUUAUAUCGCUCCGGGCGCUGCCUGCUGGUUCAUGUAUCUCUGUCGACUGGUUGGCGUCGAUUCCUCAGGUUUGA